GUAUAGUAUAUACUGUACUAUACAUGUAGUAUACUGUAUACUAUACUACAUGUAUGUACAUGUACUAUACAUGUAGUAUACUGUAUACUAUACUAUACAGUAUACUACAUGUGUAGUAUAGUGUAUACAGUACUACAUGUGCAGACAGACAGACAGACAGAGAGACAGACAGACAGAGAGACAGACAGACAGACAGACAGACAGACAGGUGCCACGGUGUCAUUUCCCGGCACAUGCGGUUACGUAACUCUGUCACAAACGCUCGUGAUCUUCCUGCUGCAGCAGCCUGCAGAGGGAAGUCCUUAUAUGGUCUUUCAGGUGUGACUGCAGGUUGACAGCUUGAUCCGUAGAGCAGAGACAGACGGACAUAACGGAGACAGACGUCUUCCUCAGACUUUACCUGCUGCCGUACAGAGCAGCGUCUCACAGAGGAAGAAGAAGAAGAAGAGGACUGAUGGAUCUCUGGAACAGAGCGGUUCUGGUCUCUGUGGAGCACUUUGACCCCGGGGUCGGUCUGAGGAGGAGACCCGGAGCCAGCAAGGACACCAAGACACUCCACAGAACCCUCAGCAGGCUGGGCUUCAAGGUGGACAUCCACAGCGACCUGAGCCAGGACGAGAUGUACCAGCUGUUCCUCAGAGAGAGCCGGCGUCCGGUGAAGGACUGUUUUCUGGCCGUGUUGUCGUCUCACGGCGAUGAGGGCUGCGUGUUCGGAGCUGAUGGGAAACCCGUCCAACUGUCUCGGAUCUUCACAUAUUUUGACAAUGAAUAUAUGGAGAAGAAGGCCAAAGUGUUCCUCAUACAGGCGUGUCGGGGAGCUGGUCUGGAUGAUGGUGUGGAGGUGGAUUCAGCUGGUGACACCAGAGAGUGCAGCAUUUCACAGCAUCUCUCUGUUCCUGUGGAUACGGCUGUGAUGUACGCAACACCACCAGGAUACGGAGCCUUCAUGCAUCCUCUGGGAUCCGUCUUCCUCCAGACUUUCUGCACUUUAUUGAAGGAGGAAGACAAUCGUAACCUGGAGCUGACCCGCCUGAUGACCCGGCUCUCCCACACCGUGGCCUACAGCUUCCAGGCCAAAGGUGGCGCUCUGGCAGGUAAGAAGGAGAUGCCGUGCCUCCUGACACGACUGACCAGAGAAGUGUUCCCGUUCGCUAAGCCGGGGGCGGCGCUCUCGGCCACCUCACUGGUCGCCACUGACAACGCAUCAACACGGACUCCUUCCAUCAGCUAGACACCUGCAGAGUGCGGAUGUCUGGAGAUAAGCUACCGGUAAACACCUGAUGGACACUGACUUCCUGUAGAAAAUCCAAAGAUUACAUCAAGGAAAUGUCUACUGAAGUAUUCUGCAUAUGUUGUACAUACUCUGGAGUAGCUGUCAAAUAUUUAUAUGUGAAAUAUAUACCUGUGGUUAUCAACAAACAAUAAAGAAGU